UUUAUUUAUGGCAAUACCGACACAGUGAGCCAUCGCCCUGCUAACGGUGUCAUGGCGGUUUGACUUGUUAAAGGUUUUUUUGCAAUAACUUACUAGUUAAUGUGCUUUUUAGCGAUUUGAUCUUUGAUUUAAGUUGAUAAUAUCACGUGAUAAAAAAUAGUUAAUAAUGCGUGAAUACAAAAUAGUCGUGUUAGGCAGCGGAGGCGUGGGAAAGUCCGCCCUGACAGUACAGUUCGUACAAGGCAUCUUUGUCGAGAAAUACGACCCCACCAUCGAGGACAGUUAUCGGAAACAGGUGGAAGUUGACGGUCAACAAUGCAUGCUAGAGAUACUGGACACUGCUGGUACGGAGCAAUUUACAGCCAUGAGAGACUUAUACAUGAAAAAUGGACAAGGAUUCGUCUUAGUUUACUCCAUCACCGCACAAUCGACAUUUAACGACUUGCAAGACCUGCGGGAGCAAAUCCUGCGGGUGAAGGACAAAGAAGACGUUCCCAUGGUGUUGGUCGGUAACAAGACUGACCUGGAAGCGGAGCGCGUGGUGGGCAAGGAGCAGGGAAAUAAUCUCGCACGCCACUUCAACUGCUCGUUCAUGGAGACCUCGGCGAAAGCCAAAAUACACGUGAAUGAUGUGUUCUUCGACCUAGUUCGUCAAAUCAACAGGAGAACGCCUAUCAACAAUGAGAAAGUAAACAAAAAAAUCAAGUGUCUCAUUCUGUAAGAAUGCCGCUGGAGCCUCCGAAGCGUCUAGGUAUAAAAUAUUUAAUAAUUUGAAAGACUUCUGGUACCCAGAUUUGGCUCUCGACUGUUCCCAAAGUUAUCUAGGUCGGGUGUUAAGCAUCAUUGCUUGGUAUUACCUGUAGCAUUUCAAGAAUGUGCAUUUGUUGAGUUUGUGAUGGUGUGCUGCAGCACCGGUGGAAAAUCCACAGAGCGUGUUGGAUUAUAUCCAUGUACCUCUCCAUACAAUGUGGCUCCUAAACCUUCUGAUCUAUAUUUUGAUAGUUAUAAUAUUCAAGGAUAGAUUCAACGAUUCUGUGUGUGUUUCACUCUAGAAAUUCCAUUUGUAAUGUGUGGAUGCUGUUAGGUUCAGAAGUUGUAAAUGGUUAUAAAUUUAAAACUACUUGAUGUAAGUAUAAACAUUUUCAUUUAUUUAGAGGCUAUGAGGAGUAUGUUCUAGAACCCUGUGACAAUACUGACUUCAUUAAUGUUCAUUCCAGUAAUUAUCUAAAACAUGGCACUACUUCACUCUAAAUGCUCUUCAAGUAUAUACUUCUCAUUGUUUCUCAAUUAUGAUUUUCAAAUAUAUGAAAAGCAACUAAAAAUAUUUUUGUUUUAAUAAUAAUGAACAAUAUUAGGUGCAGACAGCCCCUGAAAUUUAAUUGAACAGGAAAAUGAGUGUAGCUACUUAUUUACCAUGAAAUUAUCUUUCAAGGUCCCGUUGUAGUGUCACCAUUAAAUGGAAGUAUGACUACUGUUCGUCAAAUGGUUACAUGUGAACGCGACUGCAUUUAUAGUUAUAUAAAAAUAUAUAUUUAUCUGUCUGUCUGGACCUAAUAUAGAUAUAGUUUACCAUUUAGUAGUUAUUAUCUAAUCAUACUGAUUAAGGGAGGGCCUGGAACUUCUGAACAGUUGUGAGAGAGUUAAGCAGGCUCCGAAAAGACAUGGGUGUUGUGCCCUGAAGGCCUGACCCAGUAUGUAAUGUUUAAAUAUGUGAAUUAAGGAUACAUUAAAUUUUUUCAGAAUAUAUUAUUGUCUUGUUAUAUAAUUCAAAUGUAUCAAGUGAAAAGUUGAUAAUGUGAAACCGUUUAGGGACUCGGUAACUUUUGAACAAAUAUUAGAGAGCCUUAGGUGAUUGCACCCUGCGACUUAGAGUCUCCAGUGUAAUGGUGGUGGUGCCCUAUGCCUUGUGUUAUUAAUGUACACCACUGGCCACCAUACUAUAACCCCUAACCUAUGAAAUUGAGAAAUAAGAAAUUUAUCGUUAUUGUAAAUGGAUUAAAGUUUUAUGAUUACUGGCUCAUUUAAAUGUAAAUUAUCUACCUAUGUUUUGCUGCUAGAACUUUGUUAAACGUAAUAAUUAUAUAGGUGUUCAAAUAUUGUUACGGAAUUAGAUGUUUCCUCCAUUCUCUUUUCUGUUAACAUGUAAGAUUUACUGCACAAGGAUAUUGGAUAUGACUUUGAUCUGAGUUGAAUUAUAUUUUUAUAUAUAUUGUGAAAAUUAAGAACUUGUAUAUUUUAUCUUUUCAAUCAAUAAUGGACAUGUACAAUAAUCUAUUAAUUUCUUUUUUUUUUGCAUCAAUAAAACCAAUUUUAAAUACUUUC